AUGAAGCAGUUGGUCAAGACCUUUUGUACCAUCCCCCGGAGCUUAUACAUGCAGACGGAUGAUGAACUGGCGCAGGAACUCGGGAAGAUCUGCACCGCAGAAGCUGAUGUCGUCAAGUGGCGUGACUUCGCCCGCGUGUUCGAAAGCUUUCAUCCAGGCGUUGCCAUUGAGGCUGUGUCCGAGCUUUGGACCUUUCUUGGUGGGGGUGAGGAGCUCCCGCUACACACUUUUUUUCGGUACUGCCUCCCCGGAGGGGAGCGCUUGCCCUUGGUAUCCCUUCUCUCCGUCGAAGAAGAAACGAGGAGGAUGGCUUGCGCGGACGGCGAGGCGCAGGCGGCGUCCAGGGCUGAAUUGUCGAAGGCUCAUGCGGCAUUGAAGGCAGAACAUGCUGAGCUUGAUCGAGCUGUUCUGGGCGUGGUGGUGCAAAGCAUGUCACUUUCCGCGGAACAAGCCCGUCCAGAACAGUCAGAACAGGUGAAGAAGCCGUCGCAUACCUGUGUGUGGUGUCGCGCGGAGGAUGCCGAUCAUGCCCUGGUCCCCUGUGGACACGUGUGUUAUUGCCACGGCUGCGUGCAGAAAUUGAGAGGUGACUGGAAGGAGAAGUGCCCGGUCUGUAGGCGCCAGUACAGGGAGCUUUUAAGACUGUUUCAUUAG